AUGAUCGAUGAAGCAGAGACCUUACCCUUGCCUCCGGGCACCGACAUAUUUUCUGAUGCCUUGACCGCAAAAGAAUGUGAAGAAUUUGAAGAGGUUGAGGAAACAGAACAAGACUGUGAGGAAGCAGAAGAGGAAUCACCAGAACAGGAUUCAGAAUAUGUUGAAACCGUUCUUGAUCAUGAGCAUGUUGAAUUCCCAUCAUCUGCAGAAGACACCGCUCAGCCAGAUGCGCCUGAGCAAGCGUACCUGGACCUCGAGAGUGAUGCGGAGGUGGAAGAGGGCGGACAGACUUCUUCGAAAGGUACCUUCCAGGACUGCCUUCUCGAACAGGUAGAGGAGAAAUGUGCAGAGUUGGAAGGCAGCUCGAAAGCAGAUUUGCUUAAGGCACAGAAGGUACUUCGGAAAGCAGUGAGAGAGGAGGAGAAGGACCAAGAGGAAGAGGAGGUUGAGGACCCGGAUAGGAGACUUAGAGAAGAAUUUGAAGGAGAGGAGGGUGGAGACAAUGGCAAGGGAAAGCGUCAAGCUAAGCAUAGGGCAGCAAAGAAAAGGCAGAUCGAGAAGGAGCCUGAGGAAGGAACUGAACUUGGAAAGGGAGAAGGGAAGGCGGGAGAGGAGCGGUCAGAACCACCUGGCACGUCAAGCAAGGGUAAGGAACCAAAGCGGGCAAAGACAACGGGUAAGGGAAGAAACAAGGAGGGGCAGGAUGAGGAGGAGAAGAAAGACACAGAGACCGAGGAGACCUGUUAA